AAGUACAUUGACUCUUACAGAGUUAUUACUACAACAGUUGGAGUAAGAUACCGCCCAGUGUUGGUGAAAAAGUACGUUGUUAAAAGACGCAGUGUCAGACGUACUCUGGAAAGCUCCGCCCACCUACGACUCGUCUCAAACGGACCACACAUUUUCACGGCGCCAUUUUCUUCAUGUGGAAUGACUGCGGGAGCAUGCUGCUUAAAGCUAAACUUGGAGAUGUCCAAAAAUUUGUCAGAAUAACUGAGCCAAAUCUGAAAGACUUUUUGAUUGCAGCAUUUGCAAAGUUUGGUGUCCCAGCUGUAACAGAAGAAUCUGUCUCCAUGGUGGCCUCUUCUGAGCAAUCCCAACCAUCAUCCCUUGAUACCUUGGACUCUGAGGAUACAGUCAUUAUUUCAGAUAGCCCCUCCAGAAAACGCCAGAGGCUGGAUACAGAAGCCAAGCAAUUGGUGGAAUCAGCUCUUACCAACAAAACCGGUGGGGAACGUAUAAUAAAUGAAUACAACCGAACCAAGUCCUUGACGGAUGAAACAAGACGCAAAAUGGUGAACAUGCUGGCAGCUGACAUGACAGAAAUGAAUGGUACAUCUCCACCCAGACAGGUGAAAGAAAUGUAUGCCAAAGGAAUAGUGACCUUAUUCCCGUACCUCAGUGACCCAUUCUCUAAGAAUGGCUAUGAGCAUUAUUAUGAUGGCGAGAGUGGAACUGGGUACUUGGCCUGGAGGAUUAAAACUAUUCAGAGAGGCACCGCCAAAGACAGGCGAUCAUCAUUCGGAGAAUCAGCCAAAGGAUCAACUGGUGAAGACAUGUCUGGAGGACCGACUGUCAGACGAGAAUCCCAGUUUGUUCCAGAGACUGCCCUGACUGAUGAUGAGUGCAACAAAGCAAUCUCACUGAUGAAACAUUCUGCUGAUGCAGACACAAUCAAGAAGAAAAUGGAACUGACGUUUGUGUAUCGCCGCAAAAUGAUCCUCGACCCCCAGCAGUCAAGCAACAUACUGUCUGAGUUUCCACGUUUUAAAGACGUCAAAAGCUUGGUUGAACAGGAUUUUGUUCUAAUGUUCGGAGAGGAUACCUCAAGCAAGCUUCUGGAAAGGUGGCCGGUCACGUUCAAGAAAAAGAUCAUCAAACAAUGCAGAAAGCUUCCAUCCACAAGUGAGCUUGAAGAACUCUUGCUGGCAGCUGAUCCUCCUGAGGAUGGCACUGAAUUGGAUGUUGACUUUGGUUGGGACAGUGAUCUGUCAUCGGUUUUACUGCUUAUACACCUGAUUCCACCCUCCGCUCAGGGUCGGAAGAGACCAGGAAAGGUUUCCGCAUCCCAAGCAGAGAAACAUCUUGUGGUAUUCAAGAAGACCGGAACAAACAUUCAAGAGCAUCUCGAUGCCAUCACUACUAGCGCUCAGCCCUAUCUCCUAGCUGUUGGAGUUAAGAAGAAUGCAAUCCACCAGUUCUUCAUCAUUAUCGACAAGAAUGCCAUACCUUGCAGGUCAACCUCUUCUCUUGUUGCUUUUGACGAACUAUUUAAGGCACAUUUUGUGUUUGGCACAUCCUACAACACCAUGCUCCACAACAUGUACACUUUCAUCCAAACUACAGUGUACAGCAUCGAUGCUGGCAAGGUCAAAGAGAGCCCUCGUGUUGCUGAAAUCAGGGCGAGGUUACUUCAUUAGUGCUUGAAGUUUCUCCUCGAACAUGAAGUGUUUUGUUUGUCAGGCUGAGUUAUCGAGUUCAAAUAUGCUUGUUAGGCAUUUACGAUUAGUUCACGGUUACUUGCCUGGAAAAAAUCUCCGGCUUAAAUGUGCUCAGACUGGAUGUGGCUGUGCGUUUGGUACGUUUUCUGGUUUUAGGAAACAUUUAAACACAAAACACACUGAGUAUAUUGACCAACAGGUUGACCCUGAUGUUUAUUUAAGCAGCAUUGGAGAGGCAGUGACCACUAAUGUAGAGGAGACAGCUACAACGUCACGGACAGUUAAUGAACACGAGGUAGCCACAUCUACUCUGUU